AGCUCAGACUUAUUCUACGAGCUGUCAAGUGGCUCGUUCCUGCCAAAGAACAAUUUUCAUGGGCAGGUCUUUUUAAUGGCAUGAAAACACUGGGUUUAAGGGGCAUGUUUGCAACUGUAGAUGGCAUUUCACAGCGUGCCCCUGUGCACUGGUCAGAGAAUGUGAUUGGAGCAGCUUUGUGCUUCCCUUACGUGGUUGCUCUCGAUGAUGAGUUCAUUACCGUGCACAGCAUGUUGGACCAGCAGCAAAAGCAAACCCUGCCUUUUAAAGAAGGUCACAUUCUACAGGACUUUGAAGGAAAGGUGAUUGUUGCUACUAAUAAGGGAGUGUAUAUCUUGGUGCCACUACCUUUGGAAAAACAGAUUCAGGAUCUUCUAGCUAGCCACAGAGUGGAAGAAGCCCUUGUUCUGGCAAAAGGAGCUAGAAGGAAUAUUCCAAAAGAGAAAUUUCAGGUAAUGUACAAACGAAUCCUGCAGCAAGCAGGUUUUAUACAGUUUGCACAGCUUCAGUUCCUUGAAGCAAAAGAACUCUUCAGAAGCGGCCAGCUUGAUGUCCGGGAGCUGAUCUCUCUCUACCCCUUCCUGUUGCCUACUUCCUCUUCAUUUAUACGAUCUCAUCCCCCUCUGCAUGAGUACGCGGACCUAAACCAACUGACCCAAGGAGACCAGGAGAAGAUGACAAAAUGCAAACGAUUCCUCAUGAGUUACUUGAAUGAAGUCCGCAGCACUGAGGUUGCAAAUGGCUACAAGGAAGACAUUGACACAGCUUUACUCAAGCUGUAUGCAGAGUCAAAUCAUGAAAGCCUUCUGGAUCUGCUAGUUUCAGAGAACUUUUGUCUUUUAACAGAUAGUGCUGCCUGGCUGGAGAAGCACAAAAAGUAUUUUGCCCUUGGUCUUCUGUAUCACUACAAUGGUCAGGAUGCUACAGCACUUCAGUUAUGGGUGAAAAUAGUUGAUGGAGACAUUCAAGAUUCUACACGUUCAGAUCUCUAUGAAUAUAUAGUAGACUUCCUUACAUUCUGCUCAGACCAAGAUCUAGUGUGGAAAUACUCUGAAUGGGUUUUACAAAAAAAUGAAGAGGUUGGCGUACAGAUUUUCACUAAAAGGCCUUUGGAAGAACAGGAGAAGAACAACAUUAAUCAAGACGAUAUCAUCAGUUGCCUUAACAAAUAUCCUAAAGCACGUGUUAAAUAUCUAGAACAUCUAGUAUUGGACAGAAAAAUAGAGAAAGAAAAGUACCAUACCCAUCUAGCUGUCUUGUACUUGGAGGCAGUACUUCAGCUAAAAUCCAUGACCACAGAUAAUUCUACAGAAACAACUGAACUGCUGUUUAAACUACGCAGUCUUCUUCAGAAAUCUGAUCUUUAUAGAAUUCACUUUAUUUUGGACAAAAUCCAGGGCACAGACCUUCAUAUGGAAAGUGCAAUUUUAUAUGGAAAACUAGAAGAACACGAGAAGGCUUUGCAUAUCCUUGUCCACAAGUUAAAGGACUUCCAUGCUGCUGAAGAAUACUGUAUAUGGAACUCUGAGAACAGAGAUGUGCAGUACAGACGAAGGCUUUUCCAUAUGCUGCUGUCAGUGUACCUAAAUCCAGGCACUUCGGAUUGUGCGCUAGUCAUGGCUGCUGUGGAUCUCCUGAAUAGCCACGCUGCUGAAUUUGAUGCGGCUCUAGUUUUGCAGCUGGUGCCUGACAGCUGGUCAGUGCAGCUCCUCUCCCCAUUCCUGGCUGGAGCAGUGAGGCAAAGCGUUCAUACAAGAAGAAUGACUCAGACUGCACUUGGGUUAGCACAAGCUGAAAACUUAAUCUACAAAUAUGAGAAGGUUAAACAAAAAGGAACCCCAAUUCUUCUUUCGGACAAAAAGGUCUGUCAGUUGUGCCAAAAUCCUUUCUCCAAGCCGGUAUUUGUCAGAUACCCAAAUGGGGGUGUGGUCCACACACACUGUGCUGCAAACAGACAUCUGAAUUCAAACAUGACUCAUCACUCUUCCAGCUCCAGCAAUCAGACUUGA